AUGAGGAUUUUUGUGGCAAUAUAACUUCACGUUUCACUCUUUAUAUUAAAUAAUCUGAAAAGGUUUGUAGAAGCUGACUAAUUUGAUCCAACUUUUGUGCCAAUCAUCCCUGAAAGUAUCUUAAUCAAGAAGGAUAUAAGAAAUCUAAUAGUACAGGAGAAUGAGAUAAUGAAUUUGGAUAUGGGUAAUUAUUAUGUCGGUAGCUUAUUAGACUAUUAGCUUGAUUGUAUUAACCUCGAGCAUAAUGACAUCAGCUAUGACAUUCAACAAUUAAUAAGCAUUUAAAAGCCUUUUAAAGUUGACUAUUCAGAGUUUUUCAUUGACACUCAGAUAUAUGAGCCUUAUAGAGAGCCUUUCAAAAGAUCUUCAAUUAUAGUUCUUGAUGAUUAUGGUCAACAAAAUUAUGUCAUUUUUUUAGACAGAAACCUGACUUUGCAUUUUUUGAAUAACUAGCAGUUUUCUUCCAAUUUAAUAUAUGAAAAUCACCCUUCAAUGAGUUUAGACAAGUCUAUAAUAAACGAUACAUGCGCUGACAUAUUACUUAAGUAAAUUUAUUUGAAAGAGUCGCUUCUUAUAUUUUGCAGGAGUAAAGUUCACUCUAAAAAUGGUGAUUAUUUAUAGCAUGUUUACGCAACAGUGGUGAUUCAAGAAUUCUUGUCUAAUCAUCCAAAGAUUAGAUAUAUUCUUUACAAUUAAACUACUGUUAUUUAGGAUCAUCCUGCAGGAUUAAGAUCAAUCGGUGCUAUAUUUCUUUCUUUAUCUGAUGCAAUAUUUGUAGGGAUGACUGCUGAAAAUGGCAGACUUAAACUAUGCUUAUUUAUUUAUCACAAUAAAAUUGAGGAGGAAAUGAUACUUAAAGAUGAAACAUAUAGAAUAGUCAAUUAAAAGGAUCUACUAGAAGUUUCAGCUUACAUAGACUUUGAUGAGGAAUUCGAAAGAAGAGAAUUGAUAGAUAUGAUGUUUCUUCCAGGUUUAGAAGAUUAACAGCUUGUUUUUUUGUUUGAGAAUAUGAUCAUCAUAUGUCCUGUUCCUAAGACUAUCUAUUUACCAUCAAUGAUAAUGUAAAGAAUAAGUUGUAACUCAGAUAAUGGUGAAUUAGUAAACUCAACUAAUGGGGUCUCACUUUAUCAGAAUCCCUAAGAUUCUAAUUAUUUCUAUGUGGCAAAUUCUAUGCCACCCUCUGUUAUGGAGAUUGAUAGGAGAGAUAGCCAAAAUGUGUUUCCUACAAAGAUUUAUAAACCACCUAAUGAGGAAUCAAUUAAUGUUGGUCUAUCAACUAUGGCUACAAAUAAUAACUAUAUUAUUCAUCUAAUACAAAAUGUAUAAUCUGGUAAGUAGAUCCUUCGCUUCUACAACAGAAGAGGAAAUAGAUUUGAAUCAGUUAAAUUUGAUUAUUACUUAAACGAAAACGAUAGGACGAACUUUUUUUAUUUUCCCAAUUACUACUUCAACAUACUCUAAUAUAGAGAUGAAAAUAAAGUAAACCUGACUAGUUUUUUCGACUAUAGAAUAACUAUUAAUGCUUAGAAUUCUACAUUGGUAAGGAAAUAUGAAGAGACUAUCUUUGCUUGUAAAUUAGAUAUAAGAAAUAAGUUUAAUCACCUUCAAAGAGAAUUCAAUCUAACUUUUGUUGGGGAAAACUACACAAUCAUCCAUUCAAUUAAGGGAUUCAAUAACAAUUCUUUAAUUAAAUAAGACAUCAUUUACAACUGUGGAGAUUCUAGGUUUUCAUAUGAUGCAGAUAACUUCUUCGUUGGUCCUAACUUUGGACUAGAAGUUCGAGUAAAGCAUGAUGAUAAUUGUAGCAGUGGAAGUUGUUAUUUCAAAGUAUAGAACACACUUUUUGAUUAUAAUUUCUUCUCUAAUGCACCUAAUGAAAACUGUACUGACGCCUUCAUCUUUCCUUCACUAAAGGAUCCACAGGAACUAACAAGUCCAUUUAUUUACGUUUGUACCAAUAUGGAAUAAAACUAUAUUAGUUCCUUUAACUUAAGCAGAGAAACUGAUCCAAACUAUUUGAUAUUAACAAAUUAAAUAAGCUUCAACCCUUUAGACAUGUUCGAUUAUCACUAUGAUCUAGACGACAGAGCAAUUUUUAAUAUUGUAAUUGCAAACGAAUGGGCAACAAAUUAAGUAAUGAUAUUGUUCUAUGAGAUUGAGUCAUUGCUAAUUUGGAGAUCUGCUUAAAAUGUAACAAAUUUAAAAAUUUUUAAGGAGUAUGAUGAUAUUUUACAUAUCCAUUAUAAUUAAGAUUUAAAUUAUGGAACUGUUCUAAGUUAAUAUGGAUACUAUCUUGCUAACGAUUCCUAUUGGUAACAAAUUCUAGUCUUCAAAAUAAACUUUACAAUACCUGAGUUAUAAGAAGUUGUAACACAUAAUUUUUACGUACAAGGAGCUCAAAGGUAAUCUUAGGCAGCAUUAUCUUCAAAUGAAUUUUUAUUUACUUUGAAUGAUGGUGGAGUAAUUAACAUCUAUCAGGUAUUGUUUGGAUAUUACUCAAAGAAUUUAAUUUAUUUAAGGAACUAUACUUUAAAUUACGAUGAUCUUCAAAGUUUCGACAUUUUCGAUUAGAAAUAUCUAGUCCUCUAUACCAGCUUCAGAGCUGUUUAUGUUUUUGAGAUUUCAAAUUAGAUUUACAUAACCUAUAAAAUGAAACUUCCUUUAUAUGAAUGGUAUUCCUAGGAAAAAUUUCAUAUUUAGAAGUGGGCGAUAAAUGCAAUAACAUACUCAUACUAUAAGGGUUAUCUAGCUAUUCUAUAUGAAUCAGAGUUUAAUGAUAAAUAUCAAAAGACAAAUGUUCUUGUUUAUAAUAUAGCAACUGAUAACUAAUUUAGCUCAUUAGUAAUAGCAUAAGAUUUCAGUUUCAUUUAUGAAAACGGUACCAAUAAGGAUAUUAUAAUGUUCGGAAUGGGCAAUAAAAUAGGAGCUGUACUCAUUUCUACAAAUAAAGUCCUUGCAUUGAAUGUUGAAUUAAAACCAAGAAUAAUGCUAGCGAUUGGUAUGAAAGCUAAUGUAAUAAAGAAGUGUUCUUAACUAAAGCAUUUAGUAUAAUCAACUAAUUCAGACUUUGAUCGAGCUAUAAUUAUUUCAAAUCUAAGCAUUAAUGCAAUCUCCUUUUUCAAAGGUUUUUAAUAAACUGAUAAGCUUCUUAAAAUAAAAGUAUAUUCCUACAAUGAGGGACUGACCAUAACUCCUACUCUAAAUAAGGUAGUAUCUAAAACAUUUUCAAAUUCUAAAGGAACUUAUGAUAGUGAAACUUUGUUACUUCAGGAAAUAGUUGAAGGUUAUAGUAUAUCCUUCAAUUUAAGCUGUAGCUAUUAUGAUCUUGAUUAAUAGUUUCAAACUUGCAAUUAAAAUAUCUAAGAAAAUACAAAAGAUGUCCCUUAUAAGUUUUAUUUGGAGUUUGUAACUACAAACCGAAUAGUUAUUAGAUCUUUCACUUUAGAUAAGUUUUUCUUAGUGUUUGAUUCCUAAGGAAAUUGGAAUUUAUUAAGGUUUGAAGAUGGAAAUCUUGACUUACAGUGGUAAAACGGGAGAGCAAUGCAAAACAUAGAGACAGGCAGAAUCAAUGAGACUUUCGGAUGCGAACUUGGGAACUAUUUUGGAGUCUUUGGCUAUCAAUAUAGCCCCGAUUAAAAGAUCUUUCUGGCCCUCUACUAGUGUAAGGUUGAUGAAAGACUUUAUUUGAGAUCAGCAUUUAUUGUAGUAUUUCAAGAUCUACCGAAACCUGAAGAUAAGCACUUAAAUGUUAUUAUUUUCUAAAAUCAGUACAGAGUUUCAUUUCCAAUCAUUGAUAUCUAAGGUGGAGAGAUUACUUUAAAUUAAUCAAGCAAGCUCAUGUAUACUAUGGUUGGUGUUUCCUGCGAUAUUCCGAAUUCUUUUUCCAAUAUCUUCUAUAUACUCAACCUGACUCUUCAUCUAGACGAAUUCAAGAUGAUCUUAGAAUAGAAAUCUUGGGCAAGCUCAGUUACAUAACUCAAGAAUACAUAUAAAACUGGCAAGUUAGUAUCGAUUCCGAAAUCUAAUCUGCUUGUUGUUACUGAUUCCGACAAUGGUGCUUACAUUUUUGAUUUAAUAACAUAUUAGUGUAUUUGUGAAAUUGAUGUUGUUGGCGAUAAUUAUUUCAAAGAUUAGUAUGCAUAGUUUAUGGGUCCUUUGAAAGUAUUUAAUGCUUUUGGUGAUUGGCCUUAUAACAUUCAUAUCUUUACUAACUACGGUAUAUAUAUUUACACUUUUGAUGUGAACCUUUAAGAUAGAAGUUAAGUUUUCCCAGAUUACAAGACUAACAUGAAGAUUAAAAAGAAAUUGAUUUUGAGAAUUUAAUUUGAUUAACUAGAUUCAGGUAUCUAGGGAAAUGAAUAUGGCUAUACAUUUUUGACUAGAGUCAAUACCUCACAAAGUACUUAUGAUACCUAUCUAGGCGCAGUUGCAUUUUACUCUGGAACAUAGUCUAAAAUACUAAAACUUGUUAAGCUAGGUACAAACUUUGAGUGUAACUCUCUGAAUCAUGAUUCCUUCUUAAGUGACAGUCCUUAUGAUUAGAUAGCCAUAAGUUUUAUUUGCAAUACUUAGCUCUAUGUAGUAAGAGUUUGUACAAGACCACAUUUAGAAAUAAACUUUGUAAAUCUUACUUAGAAUGUUUCUAGCAAUCCUGACUUAAAAGGUAAAAAAAGCAAUGGACCUCUGGAUUAUAAUUAGUUCAAUAUAACUGUAAGAGCUAGUAACAUGUUCAGUUAACUGGAUGAUAGGCAUGAUGAAGAAGUAGUGGUGAUCUAUAACUUUUAAAAUCAAAUCAAUAGUGAAGAAAAGAUUUACUAUUUAUCAAGUUUUAUACUUUUGCUUUUGAUCACCAUAUUUUUGAUUAUAUUCAAUUAUCCAGCUUUAAACAAAGCCAAUGACCUUAAUGGAAGUUUACUUAAACACUUCAAUCUAAAACAAAGCUUUCUUACGGAGAAUGAAGAUUCUAAAUUUAAACGUAAUAAAGGGAAAAAUAAAUACGAUUUGUACAUGAUAAAGGAUAGACUAUCAACUAUAAAUGCCUAAGAGGAAGGUUAAGAAAAUAGUGACAAUAAAACCUCACCAAAGCCAAAACAGUCUAAAAUAAUAUAAAUAGAUUUAUAAAGUUAAAAAUUGAAGGAAAAAUAUGCUAAAGAGAAAUUAAUGCUAAAGAAAAGGAAGAGAUUUUCUAGCAAAGCUCCAACAGAAGAUGAUGAUAAAAAUAAUAGUAAAAAUAUAGAAGAUAAGAAAUAUCACCUAAAUGGGUAUGAGUUGUAACAGUACAAACUAAGGAGGAUAGAUUCAUCCUUAGAUUAUGAAAGUAGUUUUAUAGACAGCAGGAAAGAUCCUUCAAAGAGUUAAAAGAUUAUCAAGAAUACAUAAAAAAUAUCUGAUGAGGUAUAAUGA